AUGUCGACUGUCGCAGACGACCUCCUCAACGAUUUUGGAAGCUCAGGCGAUGAGGUUGAAGAAGAGCUCAACGAUGGUCUCAUCAAGGAUGAAGAGGCAACCGCCGGCAACCGUGACGCCAUGGAGGUGGAUGGCGGCGCUGAGAGGAAGGACGACGAAGAUUCGGAUGGUGGAUUGAACGACAGAGAAGAUUCCGAAGCAACAAAAGUAAAGGUCGAGAAGAUGCAACUUGGAGGAGUAAAGGAUGUUAGAAGCGUUGCCAGCCUCAUGCAAACGCUCGAACCAGUUCUCGAGGUUAGUACUACCCCCUUCAGACCGAGCCGCAUCAACGGCCGCAUCUUGAUGGACGAUUCGUUUACAUCAGUUCUUUUGACGGAUAGCCCUGACGUAUUGCCUCGAACGCUACAGAGAAUCGCACAUUACCGAUCGCAAGCCGCGACGCAGAAUACCAAUGUCGGAAACAUUGAAGAUCAUCCCGAGUAUCAUCUUCUGACGCAGUCCAACAGCCUUUCAACCCAGAUCGAUGGCGAGGUUGUCCUCGUUCAUAAGUUCAUUCGCGACCACUACUCGACGAGGUUUCCUGAGCUCGAGCGACUUGUUACCACGCCACUAGAAUAUGCCAAGGUCGUUGCCAUCAUCGGAAAUGGUCCGUUGGAUUCGGAGAGUAUCAAGGCUCUGCAGACUUCGACUAACAACCCGCUUGGAAUAACACUCAAGUCCGUCCUUGACGGGCCGUCACUCAUGAUAGUGACGGUCGAGGCCACCACAUCAAAGGGCCACGAGAUGACACCCGAGGAGCUUCAGCGCGUCUACAAGGCAUGCGAUAUGGUUAUUGCCCUCAACAAGGCCAAGCAGACUCUCGCCGAGUACGUGCAGUCGCGCAUGAACAUUUUCGCGCCAAACCUGACAGCCCUUGUUGGUUCUCUUACGGCCGCCCAACUCCUCAACGCGGCAGGCGGACUGACAGGUCUCUCCAAGACGCCUGCUUGCAACAUCGCCUCUUGGGGAUCCAAGAAGAAGCACUCGGGGCUUGCUACGAAUAUAGGUGUUCGGCAGCAGGGCUACCUUUACAACUCGGAGAUGAUCCGAGGCAUUCCUACCGACUUGAAGAAGCAAGCCUUGAGAAUCGUGUCGGCCAAGCUAGUUCUGGCUGCCCGGGUUGAUCGCACACACUCCAGUCCGGAUGGGUCCACAGGGGAGGAGCUCAAAUCAGCAUGUCUUGAGCGCCUUGAGAAGCUGACAGAGCCACCUCCCAACAAAGGACAGCGUGCGCUCCCUGUUCCAGACGAUAAGCCAUCCCGCAAGCGAGGUGGACGACGUGCUCGCAAGGCUAAGGAGGCUCUCGCUGUGACUGAUCUUCGUAAGCAGCAGAACCGUAUGGCAUUUGGCAAGGAGGAAAAGGAGGUCGGAUAUGGUACUGGCGAGUCAACUGUUGGGAUGGGCAUGAUUGGUCAGUCCAACGACGGCCGCAUUCGCAGCACCCAGAUAGACCAGCGCACACGCGCAAAGCUCAGUGCCAAAAACAAGGGCUGGGGCGGAAACAGCACCGUGGGUGGUGCUGCGUCGUCUAUCGGUGGCUUUGGCCAAGCAUCCAACAUUGAUCUACGAGGGCGCGGCUUACGAGCGUCGGGAGUUGGCAGCACCAUCGGUUCAGCAACCGGCACAGCAUCAUCUUUGUCAUUCACGCCCGUCCAAGGUCUGGAGCUCGUUGACCCCAAGAUGCAGGCAGAGCUCAGCAAGAAGCGCAAGGCCGAAGAGGACCGUUGGUUCAAGGGCGGCAGCUUCACGCAGGUCGGAGGGUCGUCAGAUGGAAGCGUUUUCAAGGUGCCGGCGCUCCCAGCAGCCAAACGUGUCGAUACAGGCGCAACCAAAACGAAUACCUCGGGAUCAAAAUAA